AAAUAAAUUUAGAAUUAAAUUUAAAUAACAAAUGCGAAUGUCAUAUCCAUCUAUGGCCACUACUCCUGAAAUAGAGAUUGCUGAAAGUGGGACAAUUUUGGACAAUAAAGGAAAAUUCACUGAUCUAAAGGCAAUGCUUGACAGCAAUAAAGAAAAUGUUAAAAUGGAUGCAAUGAGACGGAUAAUUAAUAUGGUUGCAAGGGGUAAAGAUGUUUCUGAUUUAUUUCCUGCUGUUGUAAAAAAUGUUGCGGCAAAAAAUUUGGAGCUGAAAAAGUUAGUUUAUGUAUAUUUGGUUCGUUAUGCUGAAGAACAACAAGAUUUGGCACUUUUAUCAAUCAGUACUUUUCAACGAGGAUUAAAAGAUCCAAAUCAAUUAAUUAGAGCAAGUGCUCUUCGUGUUCUUUCUUCAAUUAGAGUACAAAUGAUUGCCCCUGUAAUGAUGUUGGCUAUUCGAGAUUCUGUACGCGAUAUGAGUCCUUAUGUCCGCAAAGUUGCUGCUCAUGCCAUUCCAAAAUUGUAUGCACUUGAUCCGGAAUUGCAAAAUCAAUUAAUUGAAUGCAUUGAUUUUUUGCUAGGAGAUAAACGAACGCUUGUUCUCGGGUCUGCUGUAUAUGCAUUUGAAAAGACAUGCCCUGAACGUAUAGAUUUAUUACAUAGACAUUUUCGAUUACUUUGUCGGGCAUUAGCUGAUAUUGAUGAAUGUAAAACUAAAAGUUUUGAUAGCGAUGGAAGCGAGGAUAGUCAAUUAAAUAAAACAAAAUCACCUCAAACGCUAGAUCCUGAUCACAACCUCUUACUAGUUGCUGUGCGCCCAUUACUGCAGAGUAGGAAUCCAGCUGUUGUUAUGGCAGUGUCCCAAUUACUUUAUUAUAUUGCCCCAUUUGCCCAACUUUCUGCAGUCCCACGUGCCCUCGUUCGUCUUUUGCGUGGAACAAAUGAAGUUUCUUAUAUAAUUUUGGUUAAUAUUGCAAGUAUGAUAUGUUCAAAUAAUUCUAGAUGGGGAAAUGAAAAAAUUAAAGAAGAAAAUGAAAAGGAAGUAAAAAAUAAAAAAGAAACAAUUUUGUCAGUUAAUAAGACUUUAUUUUCACCUUUUCUAAAAAGUUUCUUUGUUCGUUCUUCUGAUGCUAUGCAAGUUAAGAAAUUAAAAUUAAAUGUUUUGACUUGUUUAGUGGAUGAAUCUAAUGUUCAACUUGUUAUUAGAGAAUUACAGGCUUAUAUGCAAAUGACUGAUUUGGCUGAAGAAGCUGUAGAAGCAAUAGGUCGAUGUGCUUUAGCUGUCCCCUCAGCUGCAUCUGAAACUUGUUUAGCUACAUUAGUUAGAAUUAUAUCUGAUCCAAAUGCUCGGGAAGAGAUUGUUUGUGUUGCUGUUGUUGUGUUGAAACGUUUAUUACAUUCUGAUGCUCCUUUGAAUUUGUUAAAGAGAGUUUCUCGUCUUAUGGAAAAUGUGAAGGCACCAUUAGCACGUGCUUGUAUUCUUUGGUUAAUUGGCAUGCACAUUAAUCAAGUACCUAAUAUAGCUCCUGACUUGUUGAGAAAAGUGGCUAAAACGUUUGCUGAUGAAGCUGAUUGUGUUAAGCUUCAAGCACUUAAUUUGGCGGUUAGAAUAUAUAUAAUCGAAACUUUAAAAGACAAUAAGAACACUAAAAUAAAUUUACUUAUUGACUAUAUUUUUCAAUUGGCACGUUAUGAUCGCUCUUAUGAUAUUCGUGAUCGUUGCCGUUUUUUACGGAAUAUGCUUUUUUCUAAUUUUUCUCCAACUUCCUCUGCUAUUGUUGAACAAAAAAUAUUUGAUGAUAAUUUUUCGAGCUCUUCUAUAACUAAAUCUGAGGAAUUAAAUAAUGAAGAAACAACAAAUAAUGAUUCCUCAAUUGAAAGAAAUAUUUUAAAUGGAGAAAAAAUUUUUCAAAAAGAUGAUGAAGGAAUAGUUAAAUUUCCUUUGGAAAUAUUCUUAAGUGAUCGUCCAGCUCCAUUAAUGCAAAAUCCUUUUGCUGAUAGAGUUGAGCAUUUCCAACUUGGAACACUUUCUCAUCUUUUAAAUCAGAAAUGUUCGGGUUAUGAGCAUUUACCUGACUUUCCAACUGUUCAACCUGACCCUACAAUUCGUCGAGAUGCAUAUCCUUUACCUUCUGAUUCGCUUGAAGCUGCUAAUCAACUUGUAAAGACUAAAAAAUUAAGUGUGGAAGAUGAAUAUACUAGUGUUGAAUCUGGUUCUGAUGAAGAGCAAGAUGAGGAUGAAGAAGAGUAUGAGGACGAGGAGGAAGAAGAAGAAGAGGAUGAAGAAAAUGAAGAUGAAGACGAUGAAUCAGAAGUUGACGAACCUCGUAAAGAAAUAAAAACAUCGCCGAAAAAAGAUUAUGAAACCAAACAAGUUUCAAAACCUUCAAAAACGGAUGAAAAAGAGUCAAAUGAUGAUUUGUUAUUAUUGGGAAUUGAUUUUGGAACGUCUUCAAUCAAUACGACAUCCUCCGACUUUGUUAUGCCGAAUGUGGAUUUGCCUGUUCGACGCUCUGCAUGGCUUCGUGCUUCGGCACAAUGGGCAAAUGAGGAAUUUACAUUUAAUUUUGUUGCUCCAGUUGUUUCUGGUGGUCUUUCAAUUUUUGGCCGUUUUUGUCGUUCUCCAUGUCUUUAUUCAGCUUCUAUGGUGUGUAUUGAAUUGCAAAUAUGUUUUAAAAAUACACAAAUAAAUUCGAGUAAUGUCCUUUUGGCACCAGCUUCGAAUUGUCUACUUCAAACAAGCGGCCCAUUUACUCUAAAUGGACUUGGGGAAGGUGAACGUCGACGUGUAACUAUUGGAAUAAAUUUUGGUGAUACUGCACAAGUAUCGGAAUGGACGGUGAAAUGGGGGCCUGAUGGAGAAAGAUUUGUUCGGUUUGAAGUGAAGGCUCCAUAUGGAGAACAAAUUGAAUCUGUUCAAAUAUCUCAAAAUGAUUUUCUUAAACAACGCAGUCUUCUUAGUGGAAUGAAUCAAAUUAAAAUAAACAAUUUAAAAUUACCUUCUGAUUUAAUUUUGGUUAGAGAAUUGUAUAAAAUUUGUAAUUGUAAACAAGUUGUUGGCGAAGAUGAAAUUGAAUUGGGAGCAAAUUUAUAUUUUGCUGCUCAAACUGUGUCAAACAAAACACUUGUAUUAAUUUCAUUCUUUCCGGAAACUUCGAAAUUAGAACAAAAUACAUUAAAUUAUUCAACUUUUUGUCUGCAACUUAAUUGUGAAAAUAUUACUUUUGCUUCGAUGUUGGCACAGGAAUUGACGAAACAUUUUGGUACUUUUGUUGUUAAUAAUUAA